CAAACAGACACUUGUUUUGCGUUUCAGCUCCUCCUCGUGAUUCAGAAAAUGUUUGUGUGACUGACAUAAGUGUUGUUAACACAGCCACAACCAAUGGUGGUUACCUCCAACCCCAUUCGUCUUCUUCCUUCUUCCCUCGCCUCUUUGGCUCACCAUCACUCCCCAUUUUCACGGCGGUGGCGGCGUCCCUCUUCCAUCUCACUCCCCGCAGUUUCUCCCAUCCACUCCAUUUCUGCCAAUGGAGGAGGAGGAGGUGCUGAGAUUGAUCAAACAGAAAUUGUAUUCAUGGGGACUGGAACUAGUGAAGGGGUUCCGCGAGUUAGCUGCUUGACUAAUCCUUUAAGCAAAUGUUCGGUCUGUUCGAAAGCGGCGAGACCGGGUGAUAAGAAUAGGAGACUUAACACCAGCAUCCUUAUUCGUCACCCUAACCCCUCUGGAACACACAAUAUUCUUAUAGAUGCUGGAAAAUUUUUCUAUCACAGUGCUCUCCAGUGGUUUCCUGCACUUGGGAUAAGAACACUUGAUGCUGUUAUUAUUACUCAUUCACAUGCUGAUGCAAUUGGAGGUCUUGAUGAUCUUAGAGAUUGGACGAACAAUGUUCAGCCAUCUAUUCCAAUAUAUGUUGCCAAGCGUGACUUUGAGGUGAUGAAGAAGACCCAUUAUUAUUUAGUAGAUACAAGUGUUGUCUUACCUGGUGCUGCGGUCUCAGACUUGCAAUUCAAAAUCAUAUCCGAAGAACCAUUUGUAGUACAUGGAUUAAAAUUUACCCCAUUACCAGUUUGGCAUGGCAAGGGUUAUCGCUCCCUUGGUUUUCGUUUUGGCAAUAUAUGCUACAUAAGUGAUGUCAGUGAAAUUCCUGAAGAAACUUAUCCACUUUUAAAGGACUGUGAAAUUCUAAUCAUGGAUGCACUGAGACCCGAUCGCUCUACAGCCACACAUUUUGGACUUCCAAGGGCCUUAGAGGAAGUGCGAAAAAUUCAACCCAAAAGGACACUUUUCACUGGUAUGAUGCAUCUGAUGGAUCAUGAAGAAGUAAAUAGCUAUCUUACAAAACUAUUGGAGUCUGAGGGUCUUGAUGCACAACUGAGCUAUGAUGGGCUUCGUAUACCAGUUAAACUCUAACUACAGUCUCAUUCAUAGAGACGACAUUUUUUUUCCUCAAAGAGAAGUUAUUAAAAUAAACACUCAAAUGAAUGUCAUUACAAGUCUCUUGACAAUAAAUACAUUCUGCUGGUCUGUGCAGCCAUUCUACCUUCUAAGUUCUAACCUAUCAUCAUUCUUCCUUUUCUCUUUCCCCCUGUUAGCGACAAGAAAUAUUGAGGAUACUACCAUAAGGAUUUUUCUCUGCAAUAAAAGUUUUGAUUUUUUUAAAA